AUGUCGAGUUAUGGAAGCACAACUCCACCGGAUGAAGGUUUUGACCGUUACGAGCCUCCCUUUUACUGCCAACAGACACACCAAGGUAGCCCAAUGGAUGGCGGCGUUUACUGGCCGAAUUCUAGCGAAAUACACGAGUUCGAUUCCCAGGAUAUGUACAAUGACACAAAUAAUUAUAUAAGCAGGAGUUAUGGUUACGACGAAAUGCAAGUAUCAAACGAACCAUAUGACAGUUAUCAUCACAACAUCAUUCAUCACAAUUAUUCACAAAAUGGCUCUGGUAUUGACUGCGACAUGCAAUCCUUACCACGGUUUGACCGAGCGCCGCCAUCUUUCGUCCGAGUUGUCAAACGCAGGACCACAGCUAAUAAAAAGGAGAGAAGACGAACACAGAGUAUAAACACUGCUUUCACAGAUCUACGAGAGUGUAUACCGAAUGUGCCGCCGGACACAAAAUUAUCAAAGAAAGAAAGGCGAAGGACGGAAAGCAUAAAUACAGCAUUUACGGACCUCAGAGGCCGUAUACCUAACGUCCCGCCUGAUACAAAACUUUCUAAGAUAAAAACACUCCGACUGGCGACAUCAUAUAUCUCCUACUUAUUAAAAGUGUUGGAAAGUGAUGGAGAACCAGCCGGUGGAUUCCGAGCUGAGCUGCAUCACACACCACCAAGACGGAGGACAACAGACCAUAGCCAGAACUCAGCAGACAAAAAGGGCAAAGGCAGAACAGGUUGGCCUCAGCACGUUUGGGCGCUCGAAUUGAAAAGCGAAACGAACUUACAGAAUUAA